AUUGGUUUAAUUAUCGUAAUAUGCUUUCCGUCGAUAGCUCCGAUACAGUUGGGGAAGAAACAAUGUUUUUGAAAAUCUUCGACAAUUUUUAUCCAGGCAUCUUUAUUGGGUGUAGGAAUUAUGCUUUUUUGAAAACUAAAAACUUUAAAAAAGGUAGAGACAGGAAAAGGUGCUUCCAAACGAAAAACGUAUAUAUAUACUUUGAACAACUCCUGUUUCUUGAACCACUUGCACAACAAAGAAAAACGACUUCAAAUCUAGAGACUGGAGAUGCUGACGAAACUCGAACUGAAGUUUUGCCGUCAACAAAUAAUACUACACAAAAGAAGAAAAACUUAGAUAAAGAAGAUGAAGUAAUAAAAGUUCUACAACAAAGAAUUCUGACAGCACCAAAUACGGAUACAAUUAUAUCACAAGACGAUGAUACUUUAUUCUGUCUGUCACUAGUAAGCGACUUUAAAAAAAUUUUGGAUGAUAUGAAAACCGACGCUAAGUGUGAAGUUUUGCAAGUGCUUAAUAAAUAUAAAAGGGUUAGUGCUCCUGCUCAUGGACACACCACUCAGAGUGUACCAUAUAAUAAUCUUGGUCACAGUUCUCAGAAAGCACAGUAUAAUAAUCUUGGUCCGAAUGUUACGUCUAGUGUAUAUCUCCAGCAAGCAUACGCAAAUACACAUACACCUUCUGCCUCAGGGAUUGCCCAACAGCAACACCAGAGUGUCCCUCAGAUGCCCCAAAACAGUUCGCCAAUAUCAUCUAUUCAUUUAGCUUCAACUGUGACUCAACCCCAGAGAGUCACUCAGACGCAGGCGAAUAUACACAUUCCAUUAAUAUCCCCAACAUAUUCAUCGGUUUCCUCGCCUGAUUCACUUAACACCUACUCCGCAGAAGGUUAUGAAGAUAUAAGUCAAAAUGAUAGUCAGGAUAAUCAAAAUUCAAUAAUUAUCACAGAUUUAUUCUAAUGAGUUUAUUAAAUACCAUGCAAAAAAUGUAAUAAAAGUAAAUAAAGUAUUACCUUAAGCACAUUGAAAGCC